GGCUAGCAGCCGCAGGUGGGGCUGCUCACGGCGAGGGACCUAACUCGGGAGCCCCGGAGCCCCGCAGCCCCGCGGACAGUAUCCAGGAUGCCCCGCGGGGACUCGGAGCAGGUGCGCUACUGCGCGCGCCUCUCCUACCUCUGGCUCAAGUUCUCGCUGGUCAUCUACUCCACGGUGUUCUGGCUGAUCGGGGGCCUGAUCCUGUCGGUGGGGAUCUACGCAGAAGUUGAGCGGCAGAAAUAUAAAACCCUUGAAAGUGCCUUUCUGGCCCCAGCCAUUAUCCUCAUCCUCCUGGGGGUCAUCAUGUUCAUCGUGUCCUUCGUUGGAGUGUUGGCUUCCCUCCGUGACAACCUGUGCCUUCUCCAAGCGUUUAUGUAUAUCCUUGGGAUUUGCCUCAUAAUUGAGCUCAUUGGUGGCGUGGUGGCCUUGAUCUUCCGGAACCAGACCAUCGACUUUCUGAAUGACAACAUUCGAAGAGGAAUCGAGAACUACUAUGACGAUCUGGACUUCAAAAACAUCAUGGACUUUGUUCAGAAGGAGUUUAAGUGCUGCGGUGGGGAAGACUACCGGGAUUGGAGCAAAAACCAGUACCACGCCUGCGACGCCCCCGGACCCCUGGCCUGCGGGGUGCCUUACACCUGCUGCGUCAGAAACACGACAGAAGUUGUCAACACCAUGUGCGGCUACAGAACUAUUGACAAGGAGCGCCUCAGCGUGCAGGAUGUCAUCUACGUGCGAGGCUGCACCAACGCCGUGAUCAUCUGGUUCAUGGACAACUACACCAUCAUGGCGGGCCUCCUGCUGGGCAUCCUGCUCCCCCAGUUCCUGGGGGUGCUGCUGACAGUCCUGUACAUCACCCGGGUAGAGGACAUCAUCAUGGAGCACUCUGUCACCGACGGGCUCUUGGGACCUGGUGCCAAGGCCAGCGUGGAGGCGGCAGGCACAGGAUGCUGCAUGUGCUACCCCAACUAGCGCCCCGGCCUGGGGCAGCAGCUCCCGCAGGACCGUGCCGCGACAGCACCACUCAGGCCACACCGCAGUGGCCGGACAGGACCGCGGGUCCUCUCCGCAGACUUGGCACUGUCCAAAGCCCCGGCUGUGUUUUGCUCUGGCGGCCUGCUCGGACCUCCCACGGCCGCUGCCUCUCUGGGGAGUGGAGCCCCUCCCCAGCCCCGGGGUCCCGUGCCUGCCCCACUCCUAGGCGUGGACAACAAGAGCGUCCCUUCUCCAGGCCUGGGCCACCGGGCAAGGGGGUGCCCAGUGCCCAGCUCAGGGCCCGUGGCAUUUCUGGCAGUGCCUUGGCCUGUGGUGUUUAUGCCCAUUUGAAGGCGAUUUCGUAGCAAUUUGUACGCGAGGAGGGAGGAGAGCAUGGGUGCCUGGUGGUGGAGAGGGCGUGUGGCCCCCAGGCGCCCCCAGUCCCACGGCCACACCCUGGAGGCCAGGCUGGGCCCAUUUCCCAGCCUCCCAGGAACCUUGAGCCCUCCCUAAGGCUGCUGCUUUGCUGACCCUCUUUUUUACGUGAUUUUUGUAACAUUUUGUACAUGGUUAACAGGAGUUUCUGACUAAUCAAAGCUGGGUGUGUCCCCACACACCCCACUUUUGCCCCUCCAAUCCAGUUUAUUAAUCAAACAAUAAAAUUUGAUUUUUUUUUUUUUUUUU